AUUUCUUUGCAGAGAUGUCCCUGAUUUAUCAUAAAUCUUCCAUUAACCAAAUCAAUGAUCUAAUUGCCAACUCAAUUGCCUCAACGACUGAUGGCACCGCCGACCACGACUCCAAGUCGGAGCCCCGAAUUAAGACACGAUCCGGUUACAAAUCGAUGGGUCAUUUUCUCACCCGCCCGAGCCAAACGACCCACUGAUUUCAAAUCCAAUGCUCCUCAAAACCAUAACCCUAACAAUAACAAUUCUUGCCCGUUCUGUAUAGGCCGCGAAGAUGAAUGUGCACCGGAAAUAUUCCGGGUCCCACCCGACCCGAAUAAUAAAGACUGGAAGAUCCGGGUCAUCGAGAAUCUCUUCCCAGCUUUAAGCAGAGACCUUGACGACCCAUCUGAUCAAAAGAUUGAGUUGGAUGGUCCGGGUCGGUUAUUAACCGGAUUCGGAUUCCAUGACGUGGUGAUUGAAGCUCCGGUUCAUCGGGUACAGUUGUGCGAUAUGGAAGCGGGUCAGAUUGGUGAGGUUUUGAUUGUGUAUAAGAAGAGGAUCGAGCAGAUUAUGAGAAGUGAAUCAAUUAAAUACGUGCAGGUGUUCAAGAACCAUGGUGCUUCUGCCGGAGCAUCAAUGAGUCAUUCACACAGUCAGAUAGUGGCACUUCCUGUUAUUCCCCCUUCUGUUUCUGCUCGACUCGACGGUACAAAGGAAUACUUUGAUAAGACAGGGAAAUGUAGCCUUUGUGAAAUUGAUAAAGAAAAGCUUUUAAUUGACGAAUCAACUCAUUUCAUCUCCAUUAUUCCAUUUGCUGCUUCGUUUCCGUUUGAGAUAUGGAUCAUUCCCAGGGAUCACUCGUCUCAUUUCCAUGAAAUAGACUCUGAGAAGGCUGUUGAUCUCGGGGGAUUACUGAAGCUCAUGCUUAGAAAGAUAUCUAUACAGUUGAAUAACCCCCCAUUUAACUUCAUGAUCCAGACAGCGCCAGUCCAGGUUAACGAAUUACAAUUAUCUUAUACUCACUGGUUUUUACAGAUAGUGCCUCAAUUAAGUGGGGUGGGAGGGUUUGAACUCGGAACAGGCUGUUACAUAAAUCCUGUUUUACCCGAGGAUGCUGCAAAAGUAAUGCGGGAGGUUAAUCUUCCUUCAGAUGGUUAAUCUCAUGGAUACUAAUAAUAUUGACUUACAUUUAGACACAUAAGAGAAGAAAUUAUCAAAGCUAUAUUCUGUGUCCUUAUGUCCAUAUGGAAUAAAUUGAAAUUCUUUUGCUUAUGUGUAUGUUACAAAAGGUGAAGCACAUUCAUUAAAAGGUUGUGCCAGGCAAAGUUCCCCAUGUGUUUCA